AUGCUCAAAUCUGCAAUUAGAGGUCUGUUGAACAAUCAGGGUCACCAAGAACUUUCUAUUAAUUUCAAUCUCUACACACUUAUUCCUACAAAAUCAACGGCAGAGGUUUCUGAAUAUUUCAAUGUGGCUCCUAAUUCACCUUCUAAUAAAACCAAUGGUGUAAUAAUGAUAUAUUUUUCAUGUCCUUUUGAGGUACAAAAAUCUCAACCAGCUGAAGAUGGCAGACUUUUCAGGGAAGCAAUUGUUGACACUGUUGAUGUUUGUGAUGACAUUAUUGAUAUAUCUGAAGAUGUUGAAAUUAUUGAUGACAUUUCAUCUGAAUUGUUUAGAAGUUAA